CCCCCACAUGUGUAGCUGGCGGUGUCGCAGGUAAACAGGCUCUCCGAGAAACUCUUCCGCUGCUUGUGUUUGGUUCCGAGACACAAACAUGGCGUCCGCGGUGCUGAAGGUUGCAGUGGCAGGUCUUUCCAGAUGUUCUCGUAUCGCACUCAUGAGGGCACAUUCAACCACAGCAUCCCUCCAUCAGGGCGUUCCUGGGUCGCUGUGGAAGCUGGGGAGGCUGAACCACAUUGCCAUUGCCGUCCCUGACAUGGAGAAGGCCACGGCUCUGUAUCGGGACGUGCUGGGGGCCACAGUGAGCGACAAGGUGCCCCUGCCCGAGCACGGCGUCUACACAGUGUUUGUGGAGCUUGGCAACACUAAGCUGGAGCUGCUCCAUCCUCUGGGGGAGAAGAGCCCUAUCGCCGGCUUCUUACAGAAGAACAAGUCUGGAGGGAUGCACCACAUUUGUAUUGAGGUAGAUGACAUUAACGCUGCAAUAGUCGACCUGAAAACGAAGAACAUCAGAACUCUGUCAGCAGAGCCUCGAAUAGGUGCUCACGGGAAACCAGUGAUGUUUCUCCACCCUAAAGACUGUGACGGUGUGCUGGUGGAGCUUGAGGAAGCGUGAACAGCUCAGUCAAAGACAAAGAUUGUGGGAGCCGUUAAUUCACAUUUAUAUAUUCCACAGUCAAUGUGAUGAUCACUGGGAUAACAAAGGUUGAUUUUGUAAUAUUAGUACUUAGGUUUUGAUCCUGUCAUUUCAGAAAGGUGCCUCAAAGUUGUUCUUCCAGGUCUGUUUCAGUUCUGUUCUUUACUAUCCUGCUUUGUUUGGAAUAAAUUAAGGUGUGACGUGUAUAUUUACAGAUAUUAUAUUAUACAUGAUCUACAACUCGGGCAGUUUUCAUUUCACUACAUUGAUGCAGAUUCCAAAAUGAAAAGGGCUGAACUGAAUUACACAACGACAUUUUCUUAUUUUAAUCAUGCAGUUGUAACUUGUAUAGGUCAAGUUUUCAAAUAGGAUGGCACACUUUUUUCAACAAAGGUAUAAAAAAAUAAAAUAUUAGACACUUUUUUUAGGUGAAACCUGAGUAGGAAACAGUAAAAUUGGCCAGAAAACUUAAAUCAUCCGUGUGUGAUACAGAUGACAUUCACUUAAUGUUUUCCUUGGUAUGCACACUGUUUAUAAAAACAAUUUUUUUCCUGUA